AUGUCACUCCCCGAGAGACCCGGGGCAAGGGCGUCUUAUGAACAGCGCACCUCGUACCGGCAGUCUCCCUCGCGGCGCAACCGCCCCACGGAUGUCGAGACGGGCGGUUAUUACCCGGUCGCGCGACAUGGCCACCAGCGUGCGCAAUCAGGAAUAUCCGCCGAGACCAUACAGAAUCCUAAUGGGACCACAGAGAGACUGCCCCUUUCACCAACCUUGGACCAGACAGAAUUUUCUGCCGAAGGGCAGCCUCUGGGGCGCAAGAGGAGCUUGAUACGACCGGAAAGGAACAAAAUCGGGAAAGAUCACCCAAACUACCACUACCGGAAACAUGCGUCGAAUAUGGAGGUCCUGCCAUCCUCGACUGGCAAUGAUCCGAUUUUCGAGGACUUCGAGGGGACCACCGACGUGUCUGGAGGCCGGAGAACCCUCGAUGGAACCUCUGAUACCUCGGCGCCCCGGAGGAAGCGCAGUGGCGACGAUGAAAAGGCCGUACCGCGCGACUCUGCACGAAGAAGGCGAUCACAAGCCGGAAAGCUAUCAAAGACGACCAAGAAAUCCAAGAAAGAGAAAUCCCAGGAGAUUAUCAAGCCACCCAGUGUAUGGAACGUAUACUGCGCCAUCAUCACGUUUUGGUGCCCUGACUUCAUCCUGGGCUGUUGUGGCUUCAAGGCCAAGGCGCAAAAGCGAGCAUGGCGGGAGAAAAUGGGCUUGAUCAGCAUCAUUCUGUUGAUCAUGGGCUUUGUUGGUUUCCUGACAUUCGGCUUCACUCAGGUCGUCUGUGGCUCUACGAAUAUCCGACUUCACGUAAAUGAAGUUGGACUAGGCUAUAUGAUCUUCCACGGUGUUGCCUAUGAUCUCACCCGCUCUGGGCACCCGGUGGCCGAGGGCAUUCCGCUGACGGUGAAUGGUAAGCUUCCCAACGUUUUGACCGAUCUUCCGGUAAAGUACGGAGGCAUGGAUGGGAGUUUCCUCUUCCAGAACGUCAACGGCAAGUGCAAAGACCAGAUUACUCUUGCGAGCAACUCGGAUAUUCCCACCAACGACAACGGGGACUUAGCUUGGUACUUUCCCUGUCGCGCGUACAACCAGGAUGGUUCCUCAAAGCCUAAUGUGACAGAGGAGUACUACAACGGAUAUGCUUGCCAUACAAGUCAGGUUGCCCGAGACAGGUUCUAUCUCGACACAAAAGGGACAGCAGAUGUUUUCUACCAGUGGGCCGACAUCAAGAACAGCAGCCGAAAUCUCAUUGUGUAUUCUGGCAAUGUUCUUGACUUGGACCUCCUAAACUGGUUUGACGAAACCCAGGUUGUAAUUCCGGAUCGAUUCAAGGAGCUGAGGGACCGGAGCACUGCGGCCAACGCUGCUGUUCAUGGUCGUGAUGUCACGCGAGCAUUCCAGUCAACUGGUGACAAGCAUGUUGCCGAAUGUUUCGAGGAGAUCAUCAAGGUCGGCAGCGUUGAUACGGACACUGUGGGCUGCAUUGCAUCUCAGGUUGUCUUGUAUGUAUCGCUCGUCCUUAUCUUGUCGGUUGUUCUCGUCAGAUUCGUGUUGGCAGUUGUUUUCCAAUGGUUCAUCAGCUCGAGAUAUGCCGCGAUCAAAACCUCGCAGUCAAGCAACAAGAAGAAGCGAAACAAACAGAUUGAGGACUGGAGUGAAGAUAUCUACCGAGCACCGCCACGACUGAACGGCGAUCUCUCGAGUAGCGUAGGUGGUUCCGACAGAACCAGCAAGCGAGCGAGCACGUUCCUACCCACGACUUCGCGCUUCUCGGCAGCCUACGGUGUCGAUCGCACCCAGCGACGUCCUCUGCCCACAACUAUGGCGAGCCAAGCCUCGACUGGUCCACUUCUUCACCCUGGCUCAAUGUACAGAGACACGAAUGACAGCAGGUCCAGUUUCAUCAACUCAGAUCCCUACGCUAGUCGCGUGAGUCCAAAUGAUGGAUAUGGUCCCGCCGGCUUUAUUCAUGAAGCAGUCGUGCCACAACCUCCCUCCGACUUCCAGCCUUUUGGAUUCCCCUUGAUUCACUCUAUCUGUCUCGUGACGGCUUACUCUGAGGGUGAGCAUGGUAUUCGAACAACUUUGGAUUCCAUUGCUACAACCGAUUACCCCAACAGCCACAAAGUCAUCCUCGUUAUUUGCGAUGGUCUCAUUAAAGGCAAGGGCGAAACCAUGACGACCCCCGAUAUUAUUCUUGGGAUGAUGAAGGAUCACACAAUGCCGCCACAGGAAGUUGACGCUUUCUCGUAUGUUGCCGUUGCGAGUGGCUCAAAGCGACACAAUAUGGCAAAGAUCUACGCUGGCUUCUACGACUAUGGUGCCAAGUCUGCUAUCCCACUGGAGAAGCAGCAAAGGGUGCCGAUGAUGCUCGUAUCUAAAUGUGGUACGCCCGACGAAGCCAAGAAGGCAAAACCAGGAAACCGUGGCAAGCGCGACAGCCAGAUUAUCCUCAUGUCGUUCUUGCAAAAAGUCAUGUUUGAUGAGCGUAUGACUGAACUCGAGUUUGAGAUGUUCAACGGCCUCUGGAAGGUUACCGGUAUCUCGCCCGACUACUAUGAAGCGGUUCUCAUGGUGGAUGCCGACACCAAGGUUUUCCCCGACAGUCUGACUCACAUGCUCUGCGCCAUGGUUCGGGAUCCCGAUAUCAUGGGUCUCUGUGGUGAGACCAAGAUUGCCAACAAGAGAGACAGCUGGGUCACCGCCAUCCAAGUCUUCGAAUACUUCAUCUCUCACCAUCUUUCAAAGUCCUUUGAAUCGGUCUUUGGUGGUGUUACAUGUUUGCCUGGUUGUUUCUGUAUGUACCGUAUCAAGUCGCCCAAGGGUGCUCAGAAUUAUUGGGUUCCUAUUCUCGCCAACCCCGACAUUGUUGAGCAUUACUCCGAGAACACAGUCGAUACCCUCCACAAGAAGAAUCUGCUGCUACUUGGUGAGGAUCGAUACCUAACGACUCUUAUGCUACGCACAUUCCCCAAGCGAAAGCAGGUUUUCGUUCCUCAGGCUGUUUGCAAAACGACUGUCCCGGACGAGUUCAUGGUUCUCUUGUCCCAGCGCCGCAGAUGGAUCAACUCAACUAUUCACAAUCUGAUGGAGCUGGUCCUGGUCAAAGAUCUUUGUGGAACUUUCUGCUUCAGUAUGCAGUUUAUCGUCUUCAUUGAGUUAAUCGGCACGCUCGUCCUUCCGGCCGCUAUUGCUUUCACCUUCUAUGUCGUCAUCAUCUCAAUUGUCCACUCGCCACCCCAGAUCAUCCCCUUGGUACUUCUGGGUUUGAUUCUGGGUCUCCCUGCUGUUCUAAUUGUGUGCACGGCCCACUCGUGGUCGUAUGUCGUUUGGAUGUUCAUCUACCUCUGCUCUUUGCCCAUCUGGAACUUUGUCCUACCAACCUAUGCUUUCUGGAAGUUCGACGACUUCUCUUGGGGCGACACUCGAAAGACUGCAGGCGAAAAGACUAAGAAGGCUGGUCUUGAGUAUGAAGGUGAAUUCGACAGCAGUAAGAUUACAAUGAAGCGAUGGGCGGAAUUCGAGCGGGAGCGCCGCUUGAGGGACAACUACUGGCAAUCGAGGGAGAGCAUAGCUGGGGGUACCUGGUCUGUGACUCCAGAUAUGCCUCAACGCCACCCAUAUGACGACCAGUAUUACUCAGACGCCUAA